AUGUCAAACUUUAUAUUUCGUGGAUGUUUUUCUAAAAAAGGAAGAAAGCAAGAACUUAAUAACUUCGUCAACAUUGAAUUGGCAGACAGAGAAGGUAACAAAUGUAUUUCCAGCAAUAGGUCUCCAAAUGAUAAUAUCCCUGUUAAAUUGAAUCCCGAGACCGCUCAAUAUUGGAGAAUAGAGCGAUCUGCCAGCGACGCGUUGUGGAGUUUUCAUAUUCUGUCCGAUCAUAAGAAGAAAAUGUACGUAACCUAUAACGACAGUAAUAACGAUGUCACACUGGAAUACGAAGACGAUAUAAAGCACAAUAAUGGAAUGAGAAGGUAUUUCACGAUGCUCCUUCAGCCCGAGCUCGGAUUACUUCUGCGGGCUGAAAACGCGUAUGAUAGAUAUCUGGGAAAGAAUAACGAAAUACUGGAAAUGGUAAAGACCGACACUCCAUCAUAUGAUUUGCACUGGCUUAUUGCAUCGUCCUCUGAAAUGAUAAAUGCUGUGAUUGAACCUUUUAAGGUGCAAAUCCAUCAACUGUCGAGUUCACAGAAAUGGAUGAGUGAGGGAGCUCAAAUAAAUACACCUAUCCAGGCCCAGCAACUCAGUAGUGAUCAAGAGUGGUUCAUUUCUAAAGGAGACAAUCAUACAAUAGGGUUUUCAGUUGAAAGUUUCAAAGCGAAUGAUCUUUUAACAUUUUCAGAAGUUGGGACGUCAUUCCUAAUCCAUACAUCUGGAAGUGGAGUACAUUUACAAUGCACUUCUAAUAGUCAGUAUGUGUCAGCUCCACCUGACAAUGGAGAUCUUUUACUCGUACCGAUAAAAGAGAUGGCUAGUCAGUGGGAUGUAGAGAUUAUGAAAGUGUUGUUGAGAAAAGACGGCGACAGCAUCAUUUUUCCCGCUCUAUCACCAAGGGCUAGAAAGUAAAAGGCUGGGCACCACUAUGAUGGGGAGCUAAUUUUCUUCAAAUGAUGAUGAACAAUUAAUUAUACUGUUAACGUGAAUAAAUCACUAACGUACAAAUAUUCAACCUAAAUGUCCUUUGUGAAAAACCGUUUCGUAUUAAUAGUUAUUAAUCAAGUUACAUAUAAUUUUAUGCAUAAAUUUCAUUCAUUUUCACUAUUUAUCUUCAUGUUGCCAAUUUAUCAAUUAUGUAUCUAAUAUAUUCAUGCAACCCAACAGUAAUAAGCAUAUUUAAUUAUGUCAGACUAAACAGGAAUGCAUUUACCUAAUAUAAAUAAGGCCGUAAGAACUUUGUUAAACAAAACGUACUGAAACACA